CCCAGAGCAGCGGCCCCGCCGCCACGGGGCUGCGGAGCUGCCGGCGCGGCGAGGAGCGCCCCGGGGACGCGGCACCACCGGUGCCAGGCGCUGCCGGCCGCCAUGGGGGAACAACCCAUCUUCAGCACCCGAGCUCAUGUCUUCCAGAUUGACCCAAACACUAAGAAGAACUGGGUUCCCACCAGCAAGCAUGCUGUUACUGUGUCCUACUUCUAUGACAGCACAAGAAAUGUCUACAGGAUAAUCAGUUUGGAUGGCUCAAAGGCAAUAAUAAACAGCACCAUCACCCCCAACAUGACAUUUACUAAAACAUCUCAGAAGUUUGGCCAGUGGGCAGACAGCAGGGCGAAUACAGUCUAUGGCUUGGGAUUUUCAUCUGAACAUCACCUUUCAAAAUUUGCUGAAAAAUUUCAGGAGUUCAAAGAAGCUGCACGAAUAGCAAAGGAAAAAUCCCAUGAAAAGAUGGAGCUAACAAGUACACCCUCUCAAGAAUCAGCUGGAGGGGAUAUUCAGUCUCCUUUAACUCCAGAGAGCAUUAAUGGGACAGAUGACGAGCGAGCGAUGCCAGAAGUGACGCAGAACUCAGAACCAAGGGCUGAACCAACACAGAACGCAUUGCCAUUUACCCAUAGUUCGACAAUCAGCAAGCAUUGGGAGGCAGAACUGGCCACGCUCAAGGGUAAUAACGCUAAGCUCACAGCAGCCCUGCUGGAGUCCACUGCCAAUGUGAAACAAUGGAAACAGCAACUUGCUGCAUAUCAGGAGGAAGCAGAGCGUCUUCAUAAGCGGGUGACUGAGCUGGAGUGUGUGAGCAGUCAAGCCAAUGCAGUCCACACUCAUAAAACAGAAUUAAACCAGACAAUACAGGAAUUAGAGUCUACACUGAAGAAAAAAGAAGAGGAAAUAGAAGGAUUGAAACAAGAAAUUGAAAAUGCCAGAGAGCUCCAGGCACAGAGGGAUUCUCUGACCCAGAAGUUACAGGAAGUAGAAAUUCGCAACAAAGACCUGGAAGGACAGCUGUCUGAUCUAGAGCAACGUCUGGAGAAAAGUCAGAAUGAGCAAGAAGCUUUUCGCAAUAACUUGAAGACACUUUUAGAAAUUCUUGAUGGAAAAAUAUUUGAACUAACAGAAUUACGAGAUAACCUGGCCAAGCUAAUAGAGUGCAGUUAAAGAAAAUGGGAUUUCAGUGCCAAUCAGCUUAAAGAUGCACUGUCUCUCUUCAUAGGACUGUGUUGGGCUCUGCAUCAAAGUUGCACAAAAUUAGAAAAUGCUCCUCUGAGAGGGAUUGUUUUAAAUUUGACUUGUAAUUCAGUGUAAAAUUUAGAACUUAGCUUGUAGCCAGUUUAAUAAAAAAAUAACUAAGAAAAAAACUUGAAUUACAAAUUACCUCCUUUUACAUUAUUGGCCACAGAUAACUUGAAAAACAUUAACAAUAAUUGAAUGCAAUCCUUUUCUAAUUAUCAGUGAUGGAAGAAUUAGCAGUGUCCCAUUUUAUGACAGAUACAAUAUAGGUUAUUGGCUGUUUUAUUUAAGAUAUUUAAAUACUGUGUUUUGUGCAAGAACUUUGUGAUGACAGCCCUGUAUUUUGUUCUUAAUAAUUUCUCAGGAUAUGUUGCACUGUGGAGAAGCAGUGCCGGAACAAAUUUAUCUUGCCAGGAAGGAGAGAGAGUUGCAUCUUUAAUUGAAACAAAUUUACUAUAAUUGCUUGUAUAAACUUCUUCCUUUUUGGUUUUUUGGGGCUGGUUGGCUGGUUGGUUUUUUGGUUUUUUUUUAUAGCUAUACAUAUAUACUGGAAGAUACCGUAUUUCUUUAUGGAGCUUACUUUGGUGUUCUACAAUAUUGUCCAAUGUAAGGUUUAGUUUUUCAUAUGAAUUCCAUGUACUUACAGUGAGAUAGUAUCUUCCACUUAACUAAAUUUUAAAGCCAACCAGUGAUAGAAGGUGAGUCCUACAGGAAAAAUAAAAAGCCCAAACUGCCCUGAGAAUUUUAAAUGUAAACUUAUCAUUUUAAAUUUGACCUGCACACAUAACAAGGAAUGGCCAGUUUUUUGUUUUCUGGCCUUGAUACUUAUAUUGAAUGUUCAAUUUGCUGUUAAUCUGUUCUGCAAGAGACUUUUUCAGAAUGUGACAUGAAACAGAGGUUCUGUGAAUAAUGGCUUAGGGGGUGCACUGUUCUGUUACAGAUUCAUUAAGAGCACAGAGGUACUGCAAGGGAUUGUUCGUACACUGAGCGUGUCUAGCCAAAAAGGCUAGAAGUUUUUUGUUGAAAUUUUGUUGUCAUAGCAAAUUGAACUGAAGACAUGUUUACUCUUUUAUGGAUCUUCAUAUCACAUCUUUAUCCAAACUACACCAGGCAAUAUUCUGAACUGUUAACUAAGUGUUUAAAAACAAGACAUUUAAUUGAAUUAUCCUUAGUGAGCAGGUUUUAAAGUUGUUUUGAUGUAAUUUUAACAGACUUUUGGCAAACGCAUAUUUCUUUAUAUAGUAGAUUUAUUUAAAAAAACCCAACUCUUUGAAAGGUAAGCCAAUUGUCAUGUGUCUUGCAUCACAGUGCAUUCUUGCCAUAAAUUGCUUGUAAUGCUGAAGAGGGCUUUUUUAAAAUAUAUGAAUGAAUGUCAGACCUCAGAGUUGAAAGAUGCACGAACCUUUGUUUGCUCCCCAAAUUAAUUUGAAUGUUAAACAUGAAAUCUAGCUGCUUAUUCAAUUUGUAGAACACAGUUUUCUUCACUUAGAUUCUGAUAUUCAAAACUAGAAAAGAUAAGUUUGUUUUCAUGUAUGUACUGUGUGUAUGUACCAUAUAAUACACGCAGGUUGUCAUUUAUAUUGGAAAGACAUGCUUUAUUUCUAAAAUACCUUUUUCUUUUCCCUUAACUGGUAAUUUAUCAGGUCUCCCCUGACUAGUCAGGGAAGUGGCUUAGGUUAAAUGCUAAAACUGUCUUGUAUUAUAUGGUAUGUAAUAUACACAAUGUUUACGCUUUCUCCAUAUUUUUUAGGGUAUUUUCUCACAUUUAUUAAAGUGGGGGGGGGAGCUUGUUUCAUUGUGCUACUGGUUGAAAACUUUGUGGUGAGCUACAUGUUAAUCAUUCAGGGGAUUUUAGACAGUAGUGUGUAUAUCUUCAUCAGGUCCAUAUGAGCAGAUACAGCCAGUUUUUAAUUUUCCUGGGGAUAUUUGGGCCUGAUUCUCCUGUCACUUGUGCUGCUGUAAACCAGAUGUGUCCUUGAUGUGAUGUCAGCAACAUUCCGUUGGCAUAACAUCCGUGGAAGUGCAUGGAGAAUUUGGCCUGUUAAUGCUCAGUGGACAUAAUAAGGAUGAAGAAAGAAUAAAAAAACAUAAUGAUGGAAUAAAUGUAAUAUUAUUUUUAAUGAUAUUAUUAUUGACAUUUUUAAAGAUAUGAUGUCAUAUGUGUGGGAAAAAUAGUGGACAGAAAUAUUUCCACUUAAAUUUUGUGAAUAUGUGUGGUACAUGAGCAUUUCUAUGUAUAAGUACACACACAUAUGUAUAUACAGAACAUGGAAAAAUUUAGAUGUGCACAUUUUUAAUAUUUUCCUAUUGAAAUUAAAUUUAAAAUUGGAAAUUGAUAUUUGAGAAUUUUUUUUUCUCAUAGAAUAGAUAAGCUUCAUUUUUGUUUUUUUAAAUAAUACAAUUACUGAGGGCUGCACCUUUGAAUUCCCAAAUAGUUGCCAAACGUAAAUAUGGGAUGAGGUGGACAUACGUGCACAUAUGAAUAAAAUCCUAUGUCUAAGACUAUUUUUAAUGCUUAUGUACAGUAGGCAAGUGUUUAGAAAUUGUGAUUGAAAGUUCAUACUUAGGUGGCUAUACCUACUGUAGCCUCUUCACUUCUGUUUAAACGUAAAGGUUUUGCCAUUUGAAAUAUUAUUGUCCCAGAGACAAGUACUGUACAUUGUAUCUAUCUUUAAUGAAACUAUGAGAAUAUGUAUACGAGAAAACAGUGUUCAGUACUAUAGCCUGAAAAACAUGACCGUGAACUUGCACUGGAGGGGAGAGCAGUUACUUUGUGUAUAAAUUUACAUGGCAACUACAGUCUUGGGGGGAAAAAAAAAAGCCAACAAAAGAAUUACCAUAAACCUCACAGAAAUUCAGAAAUAGAACCCAAAAAAAAAAAAAAAAAAAAAAAAAAAAAAGAGAGAGAGAGAAAAGAAAUUAAACCUACAGUUCUUUCUUUUGAAAUACACUUGCUAUUCUCUGGAGAAUGUAUUACUCUUUUUUUUUUUCCUUAAAUCUUUUUCAAGUAUGUGCAAGUGAUAGCAGCAGCUACCUUAAUCUUUCAGGUGCUACUGGAUUUUGCAUUAGUGUGUUAUGUUGUGAAAUCCUGACUUUGACAUAAAAAAUUUUUGUAAGUAUA